GUUGUUUUGUGAGGUCUGUAUUAUGAUAUAGGAAGGGAGGGCCGUGAUGCGGUGGCACAGGAGACAGCAAAGCAUUUAUUACUUAAUUUGCCUUUUUACAAGGGCGUCACAGAUGUCUGAGGGCUGGCCCACACACACACAUAGAAGUCAAACCGAUAUAAAUAGUACAGGUUAAUUAGUUAGCAAAGUAAUUUGAGCUUGGGCCUGCCAGUUAGAAUUUGAUCCACGGACAGGUAACUUAAGAAUUGCCCAUUGUCACUGCAUUCAAAUCUAUAUAAAUCGCACCUGGACCGACUCGCACUCACCACUCAGCCUUACUUCUCUUCAUUCACCUGCCAGGAGAACUUCAACGAGGACCAUGUCUCUCUCAUCUAUCCUUUGUGCUGAUGGCAUCCAAAACGCGCUCAAGGACUGUCAAGCACCAGACUCCUUCAAUCCCAAAAAGUUCUUCCAGCUGUGUGGAAUGACAAAGAAAAGCCCUCAGGAUGUGAAGAACAUCUUUAACAUCCUGGACAACGAUGCCAGUGGAUUUAUUGAGGAGGAGGAACUCAAGUUUUUCUUGCAGCGGUUCUCGGCUGGUGCUCGCGUACUGACUGAUAAAGAGACUAAGGCUUUCCUAGCAGCAGCCGAUGAUGACAGCGAUGGCAAGAUUGGAGCAGAUGAAUUCCAGGCUUUGGUUCUGUCUUGAACGCUCAGGCCAUUGACCUUUCCCCCCUCUCUCGUAGACAGAUAUCAGUUCAGCUGACCCGUCUUUUAAUACACAGGUUUAUUUCCUUUCCCAGAUCUCCUGGCCACUGGAAUCAACACUCAUAUCAAUACACCCCAAAGUUUUACUUGAUUUUUGAAUAUGUGUAUAGAGGGGCGCACAAUGAGACUGACUGUAUGUACAACAUAUAUUUAUUGAAAUGAAUAAAUAAAUAAAUGGCUGAAAAGAUUUAAAA